CAGACAAGGUUGGGAGAUGUCUUGGGUUUGCUGGGAGCUCCCGUUUUGGGGUCAUCUGGACAGCUGGAAUGGGUGCUAGUUGAACUUGUUCUCUGUCUGAACCGUACACCAGCCCAGGAGGAAAGGGAAUGGAUCCUAUGCGUGUUGCCGUUGUUGCUGAUCCCAGCUGUCUAUAGAGCACUGUGUAAGCAGCUGGUCCUGAUCGGUGUCCCAAUAAGACAUUGUGAUUAUCUGUUGAUUCUUGGGCUCGGUCCCCAUGUGAACUAUUAUUAUUAUUAUUAUUAUUAUUAUUAUUAUUAUUAUUAUUAUUGAAAAAGGCACCAUUGAAGUGAAGACAAAGGUAGGUAGGGAGUUGAGCCCUCUAGUUCUUUCCAGUUGUAGAGAUGCUUCUUCUGAUAUUAGAAUGGGGCACCAACAAUGGCCAGGAACUCAGAUGGCUUGCUGAGAGUAGCCCUGCCAACACACAAGGUGAAGUGAUGCUCCAACAACUGUCUCGGUCUUUUGGACCAUAUGGAUCCCAUCCAAGCACCGCGACGGGUUUGUGAAUCUGUUGAGACACACUGCUGUGUCCCUUCCAAAAAGGCAACCCGAAACUCCAAGGUCUCUAUCCAUUUAGACAUUAAGAGGCAAGGAGAUUGGGUACAAUAGGUUUAGUUGAAUGAAUCUCUCUGUCGGGUGGGCAAUUGACAGUAGCCAUAAAGCGUUUCCUAAAUUUUCUACUCAAGAGAUGUAUUGUCUUUCAAGCUGCAUAGGUCAACAGCUCCUGGUGACAUUAAUUUCACCUUUAUAUUUUUCUGUAAACAGGGAUACAUUAUAGAAAAACUUGGCAUCCAGAAUAAGUACAGAUUCUUGGACAGAGCCGCUAGCAUAUUUAUAUUCAAGUGGAGCUUAACACUGACGAUCAAGGAUUUUGUUUUUGAUGGCGUUCCGGUCAGAGUGUAUUGUCCCAAAACGACUCCUUCUGGGAAGAGAAGAGGAGUGGUUCUCAUUCCUUCAGGUGGUGGCAUUAUGGGAAAUAUAUGUAAGUUCUCCUGGAAACAGAGUUCGGGUGGAGUAUAUAGGAUCUUUCUAUGUGCACAGUCAUGAAUCCCAUCAGUAAUAAUCGUUCUUGAAACAUGAUGUGUUUUUCAGGGUUGGCUGACCCACUAUGCCGCUACAUUUCCCAGGAGACUGAUUCCGUCCUUGUGUCAAUUGCGUUUCGUUUGGCUCCAGAGAAUCCCUUCCCGAUCCCAGUCAUGGAUUGCUGCACGGCUACUGCGCACUUCUUGAAAAAUGCCUCGGACUACGGAGUGGACCCAAAUCGCAUUGCUCUCUACGGGGAAUGUAGCGGAGGGACAUUUGCUACCGUCGUUUGUCAACAGUUGGCGGCCAGGACGGAUCUCCCAAAGCCUUGCGCUCAGGUCUUAAUCUAUCCCUAUUUGCAGGCCGUCGAUUUCAACUUGCCUUCGUAUCAGCAGAACUACGCGGUCCCCAUGUUGUUCAAGAAGCGGGCCUUGCGGCUCGGCACAUUGUAUCUGACGGGGAAGGAGUUCGAUGUGGAAGGUGUCAUGAGGAACACUCACCUCCCCAAACAUGUCUGGAUGAAAUACAGGAAGUGGGUCAGUCCCGACCUCAUCCCGGAAAGAUUCAAGGGCCGGGGUUAUGUGCCCAUGGAGUGGCCUCAGUUUAGACCGGAAAUUUAUGAAAAAUGCAAAGAAUUAACCAACCCCAUGUUUUCCCCGCUGUUGUCAGAGGAUGACGUGAUCCGCCAGCUCCCCAAGACUUUCCUUCUGACCUGCGAGUACGAAAUUUUCCGAGACGACUGCCUCUUGUACAAGAAGCGGCUGGAAGACAAUGGCGUCCCGGUGACGUGGUAUCACAUUGAGGACGGAUUCCACAGCAUAACAGUGUGGCUUGGCAUUCCGCUCCUGGAAUACCCAACUCAGAAAAUCCAUUUCCGACAUGUGACUGAUUUCAUUAACAGUAUAUAAGACACGUGUUCUAUUUUGUCUUGCUGUGAGUUUUUCGGGCUGUAGGGUCACGUUCCAGCAAAAUUCUCUCCUUUGUUGCUUUCCCAAAUGCUAAGUUCCGCUUUAGAUAGAUGGAGUAAGUAGACUGAUUACGGUAAAUAAAAAACACACGCUUC